UGUAUUCAUCAUUCAUGGCAUUGGGAGUUCCCUCAAAUUGGGCUGCGACACUCACGCCUUUGUCUGCCCUCGCUUCUUCUCUUCUUCGGAGCCUCCAACGAAAGAAAGAACAAUUUCCCGAGAAAGGAAUCUAAUUCACGAAGCGAGAAUUACCCUCUUUACGAAUUCGUUUGAUUUGUUUACGCGAAUCUCUCCUCCUUUCCCAAUCCUUCUGGUUCAUGGGUAAUGCAAUUUCUUCCACUUGCAUUACUGUUCUCUCAAAUUCCGGCUGAAAGAUCUCCGAUUGCUGAAUCGGAACAUUGAAUAUUUCCCUCGCCCUUGCUGUUGUUUGGUGACUGGUUCAAUGGCGAAUGCAUCUGGGUUCUUCACGCAUCCUUCGUUUCCGAGCCUGCGAAGCAGAACCCAUGUCCCGAAUGGCGUUUCUGGAUCUGGGUUUUGCAUUUUCAAGGGAAUCAACAGGAGGGUCUUGUGCUCCGUCGAUGGCGCCGAGAAACAUGCUUCCCCUUCUCCGUCUGAACCUCGUUUCCCGAGGCUCGUGGCCAAAGGCUGCAAGUUGAUUGGAUGUGGUUCAGCAGUGCCGAGUCUUCUGCUGUCUAACGAUGAUCUCGCAAAAAUUGUUGAUACAUCUGAUGAAUGGAUAGCAACUCGCACGGGCAUUCGCAACCGCCGGGUUCUUUCAGGCAAAGAUAGCUUGACCGGCCUAGCAAUACAAGCAGCGACAAAGGCCCUUGAAAUGGCAGAGGUUGGACCCGAAGAUCUUGACUUAGUCUUGAUGUGCACAUCCACUCCUGAUGAUAUUUUUGGUACUGCUCCACAGAUUCAAAAGGCGCUUGGUUGCACAAACAAUCCCCUGGCAUAUGACAUCACUGCUGCUUGUAGUGGUUUUGUUCUGGGCCUAGUCUCUGCUGCUUGUCAUAUAAGAGGGGGUGGCUUUAAGAAUGUUUUAGUGAUUGGAGCUGAUUCUCUUUCUCGGUUUGUUGAUUGGACGGAUAGAGGGACCUGCAUACUCUUCGGGGACGCCGCUGGUGCUGUAGUUGUUCAGGCUUGUGACAUGGAGGAUGAUGGUUUGUUCAGUUUUGACUUGCACAGCGAUGGAGAUGGCCGUAGACAUUUGAACGCUUCCAUACAAGAAACCCAAGUCGACGAUGCCUUGGGUACAAAUGGAUCAGUAUUGGGAGACUUUCCUCCGAAACACCCUUCAUAUUCUUGCAUCCAGAUGAACGGGAAAGAAGUUUUUCGCUUUGCUGUCAGAUGUGUCCCUCAAUCCAUCGAGUCAGCCAUUCAAAAAGCUGGUCUCUCUGCUUCUUCCAUAGAUUGGCUUCUGCUCCAUCAGGCAAAUCAGAGGAUAAUCGAUGCGGUGGCCACACGGCUGAAGUUCCCACCGGAAAGAGUGAUAUCGAACUUGGCCAACUACGGGAACACGAGUGCUGCUUCGAUACCUCUGGCCCUCGACGAGGCGGUGAGAAGUGGAAAGGUGAAGCCUGGCCACACCAUCGCCACUUCGGGUUUUGGAGCUGGCUUAACCUGGGGCUCAGCCAUUGUCCGGUGGAGGUGAAUUAUUCCAGAGAUUAGGUUACUUGAGAGCCAAGUUUCUUCCCCGAGCGGAAUAAUGGCAGAGACCGGUUUAGUUCGGUUAGUGCUGACCGGUUCAAUCGGUUUGUGUUGAAGAGGGGGGGGGGGGG